AUGGCACAGUGGAACCAGCUGCAGCAGCUGGACACCCGGUAUUUGGAGCAGCUCCACCAGCUCUACAGCGACAGCUUUCCGAUGGAGCUGCGGCAGUUCCUUGCACCCUGGAUAGAGAGCCAGGACUGGGCCUAUGCUGCCAGCAAGGAAUCCCACGCCACAUUGGUGUUCCACAACCUCCUGGGUGAAAUUGACCAGCAGUACAGCCGCUUCCUACAGGAAUCCAAUGUCCUUUACCAGCACAACCUGCGCCGGAUCAAGCAGUUCCUGCAGAGCAGGUACCUGGAGAAGCCCAUGGAGAUUGCCCGCAUCGUGGCCCGCUGCCUCUGGGAGGAGAACCGGCUGCUGCAGACGGCAGCCACGGCAGCCCAGCAAGGUGGGCAGGCAAACCACCCUACAGCUGCCGUGGUGACGGAGAAGCAGCAGAUGCUGGAGCAACACUUACAAGAUGUCAGGAAAAGGGUGCAGGACUUGGAGCAAAAGAUGAAAGUGGUGGAAAACCUCCAGGAUGACUUUGACUUCAACUACAAGACCUUGAAGAGUCAAGGCGACAUGCAGGACCUGAACGGGAACAACCAGUCGGUGACGCGGCAGAAGAUGCAGCAGCUGGAGCAGAUGCUGACAGCCCUGGAUCAGAUGCGGAGGGGGAUUGUGAGCGAGCUGGCUGGGCUCUUGUCGGCCAUGGAGUACGUGCAGAAGACGCUGGUCGACGACGAGUUGGCUGACUGGAAGAGGAGGCAGCAGAUUGCAUGCAUCGGUGGCCCACCCAACAUCUGCCUUGACCGCCUAGAGAACUGGAUCACGUCCCUUGCCGAGUCACAGCUUCAGACCCGCCAGCAGAUCAAGAAGCUCGAGGAGCUCCAGCAGAAGGUCUCCUACAAGGGCGACCCCAUCGUUCAGCACCGGCCCUUGUUGGAGGAGCGCAUCGUGGAGCUAUUCAGGAACCUCAUGAAGAGUGCAUUUGUGGUGGAGCGGCAGCCCUGUAUGCCAAUGCACCCGGAUCGCCCACUGGUUAUCAAAACUGGAGUACAGUUCACGACAAAAGUGCGGUUACUGGUUAAAUUUCCUGAGCUGAACUACCAGCUGAAAAUCAAAGUCUGCAUUGACAAGGAUUCCGGUGAAGUUGCUGCCCUCCGGGGGUCCCGGAAGUUUAACAUCCUGGGCACAAAUACCAAAGUGAUGAAUAUGGAGGAGUCCAACAAUGGGAGCCUCUCUGCAGAGUUCAAGCACCUGACACUGCGGGAACAGAGGUGUGGUAAUGGCGGAAGAGCAAACUGCGAUGCCUCCCUCAUCGUCACAGAAGAGCUCCAUCUCAUCACCUUUGAGACAGAAGUUUACCACCAAGGCCUGAAGAUUGACCUAGAGACCCAUUCCCUCCCUGUGGUGGUGAUCUCCAACAUUUGCCAGAUGCCCAACGCCUGGGCAUCCAUCUUGUGGUACAACAUGCUGACAAACAACCCCAAGAACGUCAACUUCUUCACCAAACCUCCCAUUGGCACUUGGGACCAGGUGGCCGAAGUGCUCAGCUGGCAGUUCUCCUCCACCACCAAGCGAGGGCUCAGCAUAGAGCAGCUGACGACACUGGCAGAGAAACUGCUUGGCCCUGGUGUCAAUUACUCCGGAUGUCAGAUAACAUGGGCAAAGUUCUGCAAGGAGAACAUGGCAGGCAAAGGAUUCUCUUUCUGGGUCUGGCUGGACAACAUCAUCGACCUGGUGAAGAAGUACAUCUUGGCCCUGUGGAAUGAAGGAUAUAUCAUGGGAUUCAUCAGCAAGGAGCGGGAGAGAGCGAUCCUGAGCACAAAGCCCCCUGGCACCUUCCUGUUACGAUUCAGUGAGAGCAGCAAGGAGGGUGGGAUCACCUUCACCUGGGUGGAGAAGGACAUCAGCGGGAAGACACAAAUCCAGUCAGUGGAGCCAUACACGAAGCAACAGCUCAACAGCAUGUCAUUUGCUGAGAUUAUCAUGGGCUAUAAGAUCAUGGAUGCCACCAACAUCCUGGUCUCCCCACUUGUCUACUUGUAUCCUGAUAUCCCCAAGGAGGAGGCUUUCGGAAAAUACUGCCGCCCUGAGAGCCAGGAGCAUCCCGAAGCCACUGACCCAGGUAGUGCUGCUCCAUAUCUGAAGACCAAGUUCAUCUGUGUGACCCCAACCACUUGCAGUAGUACUAUUGAACUGCCUAUGUCACCCCGCACCCUCGAAUCUCUGAUCCAUUUUGGCAGUAAUGGUGAGGGAGCAGAGGGGAACGCCAGUGGCCAGUUUGAGUCCUUGCAAGUCUUCGACAUGGAGAUGACCGCUGAGAGCGCCAACUCUCCCAUGUGAUUGGAUUCCUCCCGGUCAGCUGAUCGGUUCUGCAUUUCCCUGGCACAAGAAACACCAUCUUCCUCUUCUUGCAUUGUCGGACGAGCCUGAUCGACCCCCCAGGCUCUGCCUCGGCAGGAGAUGUUUGAUUGUGGGUCCGUCAUGAGCCGCUUUCGAAAACACCGUCGCCGGCAGCUCCUUGCCUGAGCUCGCGUGACUGGAGGGAAAGCCCUGCUUAAUUUUAGAUGGGCUUUUUCCCCUCCAGAAGAAAAAAAAAAUAGUUCUCCCUCAUGUAUAAAAGCUACUUGUAUAAGGGGUGUUUCUGUUUGUCUUCGCUAGACCAAGUGCCUCUUCAUGUCCACAUAGCUGGCCUCCUGUACAUGUUUGCUGCAUGCCGCAAAAGGCUGCUUGUGCAGCUCAUGCCAACUUCCAAGGUUUUUACCCAGUCUAUUCGACAAGCCGUGUUGUCAAGUCUAGGCAGGAGGGCAAGGAAGAAGAAAUUGUGGGGGUAUCGUUCUUAGAUAUCAGUGCAAUUUUUUCUCUUUCAUUGCCCACAUUAAAGCUCCAUUUCCCGCCCCCCUCCUCUCUCGCUGGCCCACCUCGGUUUU